AUGUGUUCCUUGAGAUUCCUUGUCGUUCUCUGUACCCUCAUACAGUUGGAAACAAAGAGUGUUCAUGGAUGGUGGUUUCCCCCAGACUGCUACAGCCUUCGUUAUUGGAACGCACCAAGUGGGAUGUAUUACAUACAGCCGCUCGGGCCAUACACACGACCCAUUCGCGUGUACUGCGAGAUGGCAAUCCAUGGCGGUGGCUUCACCUUUCUUCCCCGCAGCCUCACAAGAACACCAUUUCGAGCGAACAGUAUUGUCAGAGCUUUAUUCCGAGACAAGUACAAUGUCCUGCUUAAGUUAAAGAAGAACAGUGGUGGCGAGUCAUACACUCUGAUCCAACCCCAUCCGCAUUUCGCCAACACAGAGUUUGGGUUGUUAGUCAACAGAUUCCAGGGUUACACCAGACCGAUGAACGCCUUCAUGAACGAUUACAUCUUCCUCGGUAUUAUUCCAGCAUCAGCUGCACGUCGCCGUAGUAUCCAGGGUUUCAAAUCCAACGGGCACAUAAUCCAGUUCAAAAAUGGCGAUGCCAAUCCCAACAGCCUUUUUGCAUUCAUGCCAAACCACAAUCGGCAAACUCCCAGUAACUAUGGUGCUAGCUGGCAUAUCUAUGAAACAAGCCGCGUGGCGGUAGACUGGCGCUCCAAAGCAAUUUCCAUUCCUGGUCGCACCAUGCCGAACGAGUUCUUCUUCUUGACAGAGCUGCAUUUUGGAGGCGGUGGAACCUACACCUCUAGUAACCGUUGGCGCAAGUUUGGCUUUCAUGCCACCGCCAUUGGAAUUCGCUAA